AUGACAAUCAAUAAACCAUCACGUUUUACAUUCAAAAUAAUAUUUAAACGUACCACAAUUAUUACAAUCAUUCUAACUACCUUAAUCUAUUCAGUUAAAUUAUAUAUAUCAUUACCAUCACAAAAUAUUAUCGUCAAUUUAAAUGACAUACAUAAAAAUAUUACGUUUACAAAAGAUGAAGUUUAUUUUUUAAAUGGUACUGCAUAUGAUUUCUAUUCCAUUGAUGAAUUAUACAAUCAUUCAGAAGCAAAUAUACAAUGGAAAACAUUUCCAUUACCUGAUGAACAUCUUCCACCAAAUAUUCAUCCAUGGAUACCUCGUAAUCAUCCAAUAAAUAAAUUAAUAUCCAUUUCUUCUAUAUCAACUUCUCAACAAACAAAUACUGGUCUUGCAUUUGUUGAUCAUAUCUAUAUUACGAGUGCUCCAGAUCUAAAAGAUCGACAAGCUAAUAUCGAACGAAUGUUUUCUCGUUAUCAAAUUACAAAUUUUGAAUGGCGUAUGCAAUGGGCACGUAAUACUUGUAAUUUACAUGAAAAUAAAGAAGAAUUAUAUCGAAAGAUAAAUUUGAAACCAACACCAAUACGUAAUGAAAAGAAAAAACGACAAUGUGCAAUUACUAUGGAACAUGUAGAUAUUUGGCAUGAUAUUGUUGCUCGAAAUUUUUCUCUUUCACUUAUUCUUGAAGAUGAUGCUGUAUUUGUACCUUUUUUUCAAGAAAAAUUCAAUCGAACGAUCUACACAGCUAUACGAACAGGUGCACUUAAAAUUGGUGAAUUAGCUACAUGUAUUAAAGAUAAACCAUCUUUAUCAAGGAAUAGUAAUGAAUGGUUUGAACAAGAUCCAUUGAUAUUUAUUGGUACUUGUAUGGGUUUCAUUGAUAGUAAUUUUGCUAGGAAUCGAAGAAAUGCUCAGCCAAUUUUAACGACACAUAAAGAAACUGCAAAUCGAUGUUCUCAUGCUUAUUUAUUAACUGCUUGUUCAGCUCAAGCUUUAAUACGUCAGAUUUUUGUACGAAAAAAUACAUUUCUACAGUCGGAUCUUUUAUUACAAGCACUUGUUGCUGCAUCACCUACACUUCAAUCAUUUUGGCUUGAUCCUCCCUUAGUCUAUCAAGGAAAUAGAAUAAAAGAUUUAGAUGGAAUUCCUUCUUUUAGAAGAACAACUUAUAAUAACUAA